AUGAACCUUUGUGUCUGUGGAAGUUGCCAUUUCGGCCUCCCAGAAUACCGGUGUAUUGAUUGCUUCAGCGGGAAAUUGUUUUGCUCAGCAUGUAUUGUGUCUUUGCACGCCAGGAAUCCCCUCCAUCGGAUUCGGAAAUGGACGGGAUCUUCAUUUGCUGCUUUGUCACUCAAACGGCUCGGCUUACGGGUACAACUUGGCCAUCUGAUUGAAGAGGAGUGCCUAUUGCCCCAACGGGCAUUCAAUGACGACUUUACGCUAAUUCACACCAAUGGUAUGCAUGAAAUCGGACUUGAUUACUGUGGUUGCAACACUGCGCAGAUACAUACGACGCAGCUACUUCGUGUAGCUUGGUUUCCAGCAACUACAUCAGAACCUCGAACAGCAGCUACAUUUCAAAUUCUCAAACAGUACCAUCUGUUGUCCUUUGAGUCCAAGGCAUCCAGUUACGAGUUUUAUCACACAAUUACACGACUUACAGAUAAUACUGGUCUUCACCCACACAAGAAACGGUACGAAGCCUUCUUGCAGAUGGUUCGAGAAUGGCGCCACCUGAAGAUGCUUAAACGUGCGGGUCGCAGACAUGAUCCAACAGGUGUGGAGGGAACGAAAGAAGGAGAGUGUGCUGUGGUAUGUCCCGCUUGCCCCCAGGCUGGAAAAAACCUACCGGAUGAUUGGCAGGAUGCGCCAGAUGACAAGCGAUGGUUAUAUUCGCUCUUUGUCGCGAUUGAUGCCAAUUUUCGCCUGAAGAGGCGUGCUAUUUCAAAGGACAGCAUGGACCCUGGGCUGAGUCAAGGAUGGGCAUAUUUUGUGGAGGAAACGGCCUACAAAACUCACUUGCAGCAGUAUAGCGGGAAGCCACAGGAGAAGAGUACCUGUUCUUCUCACAAUGCUGUUAAUAUGGCCGACACGAAGGCAUCACAAGGCUUGGCUGCAACAGAUUUACAGAAAGGCGAGAGGUACAUGAAUAUGGACUAUCUAUUUUUCUCCGCGCUCAGUCAAUGGCGUGUUGAUGUUCUCAACAUUUCGUACAAUAUCGCUUGUCAAUGGCACAAGCAUAUCUGGCAGUGCAUGUCAACAAUGCCGGCUCAUCUUCGACUGGAUCACGCAAGUAAAUUGGUCCGGUUCUUUGUUCCAAAAUUCCAUUUACCCGCCCACAUACUGAAGUGUCAGUCAAUGUUCUCCUUCAAUUUUUCCAAAAACGUUGGGCGAUGGUCGAAUAUAAACCCCAUAGCGUCGAGUACCAAGGAAAUGGGACCAGGGUCUCGAAGGGACACCCUGGACGACCAUUUCGGCGAUUGGAACUGGAAGAAAUUAGUUGGCCUCGGUGCUACUCUUCUUCGCAAGAUGAACGAGGCUAACGAGGAACAUGAAGCUCACGCAAAUGCUUUCGAAGAACUCAACGGAGCCUUGAAGCUGGAGACCACCACAGGAUGGAGAGAAGAUGUCGAGCUUUGGGAAGAAAAUCCCAACGACAUGUCUGUGCCCAAUCCGUUCAAAAUGAAGGUUUCGAUAUCGCUAAAUAGCCUUAGGCAUCGCUUCAAGUCGGAUUUUUCUCUGCAAGGAGGACACCAGACAGAUAGACAGAAGACCUUCCUUGUGCGGCAGCGGAAUGCCCUCCAGUGCAAGGUGGAUGCAUGGAAGGGAGUGCAGCUGCUCUACACUCCAGCGGCGCAGUUUUUAUCAUCCCGUCUGGAAACCGUCGGCAUUCCAGACAACCCAGAGGACAUCAAGCUCUUCUUACCAUCAUCAUUGACCGCUGACACCAUAUCCUGCAGCCCCCACCUUCUCACAAUCGAGUGGGAGCUUCAAAUUGCGCAGGCAGGAGACGCACUGGACGAGAUCAGACAGAGUCUUCGACUACGUGACUACAUGUACACGUUCAAACGCAACUGUAUUCGCGGACAGAGUGCAAACACCCGUGCACACAAUGUGCUUGGUCGAGUAGAGGCAAGGGCUGCAGCCGCAGCUGACAGAUAUCGUGCGGCCCAUACUGCACUAUCCUCCCUCGCUCCUGUUCUAAACAAGGUAGGCUGGAACGUUAAACUUCACUCGCUGAACAACAAAGACGAUGUGCAUGGGAUGACAGUCCCCAGAAAAGGAGAAAGUGAGGGAAGAAGGCAGCUCUUGUGGAUUUGGGUGGUGGAAGGAGUUGGAGAUGAUGAGGAUGAAGUAGUUCAGGAUGGUCUUUGGGUGGAGUGGUGCAAAGCUCGUGCUAGGAUGAUGCGCUGGAAGGAAGAAAUUGAGCUACUGCGGGAAGAAAUGCGUCGAGUUCUCCAAUUUCUCCAAUGGCAUGCGCUCUGGGAAGGGGUAGUUGCUUAUGCCACUCGCCAGGCUCAAACAUGUUGCGACCUUGGUACAAAGUUCAAGGUUUUGUGGGCACGGCAUGUUACUGCCGCUGGCCAGGUGUUUUUGGAUUCGUUGUUGUUCCACCUUCCAGAUCUUCAUACACCAGAGAUACAGCCUGUUCAUUGA